AGGGUAGACGAACGUGUGUCUCACAAAACCCUGAAAGCAAAUCCUGAUUCAAACUUCGUGAGGACGAAGAGAGGUUGGUGCUCGCAGACUCAAAUUUGCAACGUAGCGCGCGAAUAACGUGCGAGCGACUGAAGGACAAUUCGGAGCACUGCAGUGAACCGCAUUGAGGCGAAUUGAAUCAGGUAGCAGUGUGCGUCAGGUGGACGGAGCUGGUGGUCCUGCAGCUAUGGCUUUCAGGACUUCUGCGCUCAUGUUACCUCAUCAGGUCGGCUCUGGCGUGAAUUGGAGAGGGCAGGCGCUCAAAUUGUCAUCGAAAGCGACAUGGGCUGUUCGGAGCUCGUCGAGUUGUCCUUCCGGGACCGUGACAGUAGGAUAUGCGCAGGCUCAGGAGAGGCCUAGUUCUGUGAUUCGGAAAAUUAGAGAGGAUCUUGAAAACAGGGAGAGGAGCGCUGUCAAUGUCAUGGAGGAUUAUCUGGUACGUCUUAGGGACAGGGAACCUCAGGUGCAGAGUUUCUUACAUAUUUCGGAGAAAGCUCUCGAAGAAGCCAAGUUGCUGGAUGAGAAGAUUGCUCAGAAGGCGACAAUUGGUCCUUUAGCGGGAGUUCCGAUUGCAGUGAAGGAUAAUCUUUGUACCAAAGACAUGCCAUCCACAGGUGGGUCGAAAAUUCUUGAGGGUUACCGACCUCCUUACGAUGCCACCGCUGUGCGGAAGUUGCGAGAAGGUGGCGCUAUCAUUGUGGGUAAGACUAAUAUGGACGAAUUCGGCAUGGGUAGCACUACAGAAGGAUCGGCAUACAAGGUAACAGCAAACCCUUGGGAUGUAUCUCGCGUUCCUGGUGGAUCUUCUGGAGGUUCUGCUGCCGCAGUGGCUGCUAGACAAUGUGCUGGAGCUUUGGGAAGUGACACUGGUGGUAGUAUUAGACAACCAGCAUCCUUUUGUGGUGUCGUUGGAUUGAAGCCCACCUACGGUCGCGUCUCACGUUCUGGGCUCAUGGCAUACGCUUCAUCUUUAGAUGUGGUCGGGUGUUUCGGUUCUUCAGUUGAAGAUGUCGCAAUUCUUUUGCAAUCAAUUGCCGGGCAUGACAAUUCAGACUCCACAAGUAGUACAAAGGAUGUGCCCAGUUUUGUGGAGACUCUCAAGCCGGUCCAGAAUUUCAGCAGUAAGCCUCUAGCGGGAGUGAAGUUUGGGCUUAUCAAGGAAACUUUGGAAGACGGAGUGGAUUCAAGUGUUGUUUUUGCAAUUCGAUCUGCUGCACAGCAUCUGGAAAGCCUUGGAGCUGAAGUUAUUGAGGUUGAGUUGCCAAAAUUUUCUCUGGGAUUGCCAGCUUACUAUGUGUUAGCAGCUUCAGAAGCUUCCUCGAAUCUCUCGCGUUAUGAUGGUGCCAGGUACGGCAAUCGGGCGGAUGCGCAAGAGCUCAUACCGAUGUACGGAAAUUCUCGUGCGCAGGGACUGGGUGCAGAGGUCAAGAGACGUAUACUGAUGGGUACAUAUGCUCUUUCAGCUGGCUAUUACGACGCCUUUUACAAACGUGCACAGCAGGUCCGGAGAAUAAUUCAGACCGAUUUGGAAGUUGUUCUCAGCAAGGUCGAUGUGCUCUUGUCACCGGUGGCACCAACGGUUGCUUAUAAAAUAGGAGAGAAGACGGACGAUCCAUUGUCAAUGUAUGCUGGUGACUUGAUGACGGUGAAUGUAAACUUGGCGGGUCUUCCCGCACUUGUAUUGCCUUGUGGGCUAGCUGAAGGUGGACCUUGUGGCCUUCCAGUAGGUUUGCAAAUGGUUGGGAAAUCCUUCGACGAGGGCGAAUUACUCCGGCUAGGGCAUAUAUUCGAACAAACUGCGCCACAUUGGUGCCAGAAUGUCCCUCCUCUCGUACAAUAGGUUUACACAGGAUUGAUCAAGUUUUGCGAAUUGCGUAUUCUUCUCAUUCAUGCAAGUUCCUUCCCAAGUGUAGCGAAGACAUUAGAUGUGCAAGAGGUUCUUCGUUUAUUCAGUGUCAAUUUUUGACCCUGAAUGUAGAGCAAUUUUAGCUAUAAUCUAUUCCGUGUCAAUUGUUGAUCACAAGAUAUAGAGCAAUAUCCGCAGUUGCUCGUUUCCUGCAAUACUUUUCAUGUGGCUGCAAGAAUAGUCAUGCACUCAGGAAUAGUUUCAUGUCUUCAAAUUUUGCAUUUCAAUAGGUGGAGACAGGCAGCGGAAUGGAAUGAUAUGGGCUCCGAGAUUUCCACCGGGAACAUGAGUCGCAGUUGAGUUUUGAUCAGUUGAAAUUGGUAGGAUUACUCAUCUUAGUGGAGCUUCACAUCAAGAAUCAUAAUGAUAGGAGAUAAAAACUUAGAUAGGAGAUCGCUUUUCGACGCAUGUAAAGUCUUCAACUUAACUGACGUUAGUUUUUCCCAAC